AAGAGGUCAUGCUCACACGACCACCAUCAUCUAUUUCUAACUUUUGGCUCAGGCAAAAUGCGAGACGAAAAGAAGGAAGGCAUUUUGGGUCAUCGGCCAGCUGAAGUGCAUACAACAAAUCAUACGAGAACCAAAGGUCGGCGCGUAAGGACGUGGCUAUUAGCAGUGUUGAUAUUGGCAAUCUAUACUUGGUCAUUGAAUCGGUCCAAUAUCUUCUUUCAAGAGACCGAAAGCGAGCCGAUCUGCCCUCAAGAAGCUCCAUGGCAGCCUAGUUCCAAGCAAAACAUACCUGCACCACCAUCCAAAGAGAUCCUUGCUAAACUUUUAUCGGGCGCCGUUCAAGUGAAUACAACCGGAUUUGAUGAUUCACCUCCCGUUUCUGCUGAUCCAGGAAGAUGGGAUGCAAUCUUUUCGCCCUUUCGCAAAUAUCUCUAUAGUGCUUUCCCAGAAGUGCACUUUUCACCUUCAAUCACGCUUGAACGUGUAAAUGAACAUGGAUUGCUGUAUACUUGGCAAGGAUCUCAGAAAGAUCUUAAGCCAAUCAUCUUUACCGCGCAUCAAGAUGUCGUCCCUGUUGAUCCAGAUACGCUGAACAGAUGGGACUAUGGUGCGUUUUCUGGCCAUAUAGAUCUCGAAAAAGGUUUGAUUUACGGAAGAGGUGCCUCGGAUGAUAAAGCUUCACUUAUCAUGUUACUUGCUUCUGUGACUGAGCUUCUAAAGGCGGGUUUCAAACCAAGUCGUACCAUUGUUUUGGCUUUCGGAUUCGAUGAAGAGAGCUCAGGUACAGAAGGGGCGCCUUAUCUCAACAAACGAUUAGAAGAGUUGUACGGAUCUCACAAAGACGGAAAAGGUGCAUAUAUGCUAAUCGAUGAAGGCAAUAGCGUUGAUUCAGACAUGCACGGUAUAUCUGUCGCUGAACCUGCUGUAGCAGAAAAGGGAUAUUUGGACGUCAAACUAUCCGUUCAUACUCCCGGUGGUCAUUCUUCCGUUCCGCCAAAGCAUACUUCGAUAGGAUAUUUGAGCAAGAUUAUCUCACAUAUAGAAGAUAAUCCACACAAGAUUGAAGUCAAAAUUCAAGAGGAUAACAAAGGUGGCGAUUCUCCUGCUUUGCAAUCCUUACUUUGCAUUCGAGAUGCGCCUCAACUACGUAAAACCGGUUUGGGAAUCGCCUUGAGCAAAUUCGCAGCUGCCAGGAAGCAUCUUGAAAAGGUCAAGGCAAAAUCUAGCUGUAUGAAAUCUUAUCGCAUUCAGAGAGCUGCUAAGAAGCUACAAGUCACAAAAAAGCUAUUAGAAAAGGAAUUAAGCACAAGUCAACAUGGUGUCGAAUUCACUACAACACAAGCGGUUGAUAUUGUGUAUGGAGGAGUGAAGAUCAACGCAUUGCCAGAAGAAGCAACGGUUUUGAUUAAUCAUCGAAUAGAUGCAAAUCUAGAUGUACAGUACGUUCGUGAUCAUCUUAAACACUUGGUCAGUCAAGUUGCCAACGAGUACGGUCUUGGCGUGAAAGCAUGGCAAAGUGAAGAUGAAUUCGUACAUUCUGUCAAAAAUGAUCAAUUCGCCAAAAGUCACUUUAUCGAGUUACAAGAUGCUUUCCACUCAGCUCUUGAACCUGCUCCUCUUACGCCUUUACAAGGUAAAGAUGCUUCGCCUUAUCGUUUGCUAAGUUCAGUCAUCAGACACACUUACGCCAAUGAAGCAAAGGGUAAAGAAGGUUUACGGGUUGUGCCUUCUUUGAUGGGAGGAAAUACAGAUACAAAAUCGUAUUGGAAUUUGACACAACACCUAUUCCGAUUCGCGCCUGGAACAUUGACACCUUUACCAAAAGGUGUCCGAUACGAUGCCGGCAUUCAUACGGUUAAUGAAAUCGUACAAAUUGAUUCACUUUCGGAUGGAUUCCGUUUCUAUACUGCAAUGAUGCUUGCCGCUCAAGAGGAUAUGUAGUUCUAUCUCUAUAGAAAGAAUAUUAUGAAGUCAGCAUGAGUAAUAAUGAAUUUGUAGUGAAUGUCAUUGCAAAUGCGUAAAAAUGUCUUCCCGCG